UGGUGAAGGUUGUACGUUACUAGAAGCUUCUCUCAGUUUUCAGUGAUUCCACGAUUUCCACCCCUUAUUCUAUAAGUUUGAUUUAACUGCUAGACACACCACGCUCAUUUCUCACUUCUGUUUUCCUUGUUCUCUUCUACAUUCAGCAAAGGGGGGCUCUGAGAUCACAUACCAAAAUGGUGAAAGCCGUUGCCGUCCUUAGCAGCAAUGAAGGUGUUAGCGGAACUGUUUUCUUCUCCCAAGAAGGAGAUGGUCCAACUACCGUGACUGGGAACCUUUCUGGUCUUAAGGCCGGACUCCAUGGCUUCCAUGUUCAUGCCCUUGGGGACACAACUAACGGGUGCAUGUCAACUGGACCCCAUUUUAAUCCUGCUGGCAAAGAGCAUGGUGCUCCCGAAGAUGAGAACCGCCAUGCUGGUGAUCUAGGAAAUGUCACUGUUGGUGAUGAUGGCUGUGCUAGCUUCUCCAUCACCGACAAACAGAUUCCUCUCACAGGCCCAAACUCCAUUAUCGGAAGAGCUGUAGUUGUCCAUGCAGAUCCCGAUGACCUUGGCAAGGGCGGCCAUGAGCUCAGCAAAAGCACAGGAAAUGCUGGCGGCAGAGUAGCUUGCGGUAUUAUUGGUCUGCAAGGCUAAAAUCCGAGCCAAGAUGCGUUUGAAGGAUGCAAUGGGCUUUGUGAAGUAGAAAGAACUUGGUUAUAAUAAUAAAAAGGUUAAAAGAAUCCUUAGUUUGUGUACUUUUGUUGUGUGUUGGUUGUCAUGUGUAACUCAGUGUCCUUUGAAUCUUAAAAUACCUUUUGUUGAAUGCUUUAUGUUUGCUCA